AGCUGUCCGGUAGCCAUCUUGUGACUAGAGGGUUGCAGCUUGGACAAGCUGCAGGAGAAUCUGAAGAAGAUAUCGCUUCAUAUACGUAAAAAAAAGAACAAAGGAAAAUUUAAACUUCGGUAGAAGUCUAAAAGGAUGGAUUUUAUUGUACGAAAAGAGUGAUCGGAUCUUUGUCUUAGAAACACAGAGUUAACCAGUGUCUAAGCCGUGAAUACAUCUGUACAGAGCAAUGGCGCCUUCGACAGCCUUGGGUCAAGAAUUAAAGCCAGGAGAGGUGACAGAUCAAGGUCAAAACAAUGUGACAGUCGGAGAAAUUAAACAGCAGAUAAUAGUCUACAGUUCUACCACAGUUUUACCACAUGUUAAUGAGGGUAGCACAGUUACCACUGCAGCUGCAGAGGAACAACCUACAGGCACGGCUCUACCAACGAAAAGCACUGCUGAGGAAAUUGGUGAGCGACUGAUGAAAACUGCCGAUACCAUGGCUCAUGACAUGGGAAUCCCAACUGCAGCCGUCAUUGCCAUCGUUAUUGGUAUUUGCAUACUGAUUCUGGUUAUCUGCGGCUGCUGCGUGUGGCGCUGUUGUCGGAAGAAACGCGGAAAGGAUGGCAAGGGAAAGGGUAGAGCUCUUGACCUUAAAGGGGUUAGUUUGAUUGGCCCAGCUUACAAAGAAAAGGUUCAACCUGAUAUGGAGGAACUAACAGAGAACGCUGAAGAUGGCGCUGAUGAGGCUGAGAGUAAGCAGAGUGAGGUUAAGCUAGGGCGACUGCAGUACAAGCUGGAGUAUGACUUCAAUGCAAACAGCCUGUCUGUGACAGUGAUUCAGGCUGAAGAUCUGCCCGCACUAGAUAUGGGUGGUACAUCGGAUCCGUACGUUAAAGUUUAUCUUCUUCCUGACAAGAAGAAGAAAUUUGAGACUAAAGUUCACCGGAAAACACUAAAUCCUGUUUUCAAUGAAACCUUUACUUUCAAGAAUGUCCCUUACGCAGAUGCCAUGAACAAAACACUUGUAUUUGCCAUCUUUGACUUUGAUCGCUUUUCAAAGCACGAUCAGAUUGGCGAGGUGAAAUUACCCCUGUGUCAAGUUGACUUGGCACAGACUAUUGAGGACUGGCGUGAACUGCAGAGUGUGGAGGGCGAAGGCGGACAGGAAAACAAGUUGGGUGAUAUCUGCUUCUCUCUGAGAUAUGUCCCCACAGCAGGCAAGCUUACUGUUGUAAUUCUGGAGGCCAAAAACCUGAAAAAGAUGGAUGUUGGAGGUCUCUCAGAUCCUUACGUGAAGAUUGCUCUGAUGCAGAAUGGUAAGAGGCUCAAAAAGAAGAAGACUAGCAUCAAGAAAUGCACACUAAACCCUUACUACAAUGAAUCCUUCACAUUUGAGGUGCCAUUUGAGCAGAUCCAGAAAGUAAACUUGAUGGUUACGGUGGUGGACUAUGACCGCAUUGGUACAUCAGAGCCUAUUGGUAAGGUGGUACUAGGCUACAAUGCAAGUGGGACGGAGUUACGUCAUUGGUCCGACAUGCUGGCAUCUCCUCGCCGGCCAAUUGCGCAGUGGCAUACUCUCAAAGAUCCUGAGGAUGACAAGAAAGACUAAGUACCUUCCUCAGAAGGGUAUUAACAUUACUGCAUUAAGAUGCAGUAAAGUAAAUGUAAAGUUAAACAAAUGAACAAAAGAACAGAAGGAUAACAUUCCCUAUUCAGUAUUUUGUUUGUGCUAACAAUAACUGUGUUAUAAAAACAUUCUGAUCUAAAAGUUAAAAAAAAAAAUUAGAAUGUUCUAUUCUUGAAAUGAGAUAGAGAAUAUAUAUCUUAACCUGUUAAAUCUUAACCAAUGUAAUGUCAUGUUUUGGAGAUGUGUAAAAUCCAUACAUAAUCUAUUUAAAGCAGACCCAUCUUAUUUAUAAGAAAAAAGUACCUAUUUUCAAGUUGUUCAGCUGCUUGCCUUGAACUACUGUUAUACUACUGGAAAGUUCAAACACAUGUAGGUCUUGGGUAACUGGGAAGUAUUGGUUUGUUUGCUAUGAAGUGCUGCAGACGUUGUAUAAACAUUACAUUAUGAAGUAAUCUUCCAUGCUGGUAAAAACUUGUUCCAACUCCAAAACAAAAGAAAAUUGUGUAAUUUGCUACAUGAUGUAAUCAGUUGGUGUUUUUCAUAUCACAUUUUCAAGUCCAUUGGGAUUUCAAGAGGGCACCAGAGUAUAUUGAGUAGGAAUAGGCUGUUAGGUUAUUAUGAUAAAUUAGCAAAGACUUUAAUUUUUAAAGUCGGAGACAAUAGAUCUUUACAAGCAUCAAUUAGUAUUUUUUGACAUCAAGAUUUGAUUUUAGGGUCAUUAUACUUCCAAAGAUUACAAAUAUGAACUGAGUGAUUAAAGCUUGUCUAUUAUGUCAUGUCGCAUUUGAUCAUACGAGCAAGAAAUUUAAUCAGAAAAUAUUUUACAAAAACAAGAACUUAGACAAUAUACUGUAUGCAUGAACCAAGUACACAAUGAUGUCAUGUAAUUACCAUAUCUUCCCACUGUUUGAUUCUAAUUUAAAUGAGUUUUUGGAAACACUAGCUACAAUGACAAGGAAGCAUUAUUGUUAAGUUUUCCCAAUUCUUAAUGUAUUGUCAGUCUUGUUAUGUUUUAUCUUACCAUCAUUGUUUAUACUGGUAUUGUAAAUAGCUUACUGUACAAAUAGUGAAUGAAUUAAUGACUAGAAAAGUAUGAGUGUUGGGCAUUUAUUUAAUGAAUUCAUACUCAAAGUUGUAAAUCACUUUUACACAUAUUUAACUUUGGAGGAAACUCCCAUGAGAGGACCUGGAAAAUUCUGCAAAUUCAUCUUCAAGAUAUGGAUAUUAAUUAAGCUAUUUUUAUUUCUUAGAUAUGUUUUAAUUGACUGAACAGUUUUGUCAUUAACAAUAUCAAAAUUGUGUGUAAAUAAAAUAAAAGUUCAUAAAAAGGUUAAUUUCAAAAAAAUUCAACACAUGCCUAUUAAACCCAUGUGAAAGAUUAUGAUCAUAUAUUUCACACAAUACCAUUGAAAAUAAGCUUAUAAUACUGAUUAAUACUAAUUAUCAAUUAUCUGUGUAGUAAUAUUGAGCUGACGAAAGUGUUGCUAAAAAUUAAAUUCUGUAAUUUACCUUUGUUGUAAAUAAAUGUAUAUAUAUUUGUUAAUGAUGAUCUUUUGGAUUGUGAUGCUGUGUGGACUUCUAGGUAUAUGAUAACGUUUUGGAGAAACAUACUGUCUAAAUCUUCACUGAUGAGAACUUCAUUGCCCUGAUGAUGGAGGCAGCAAGUACCUUUGAAAUAUCAGUAAACUUGUACCAGACUACACAGUGCUACAACCCAGAAGAUAAAUAUUUUUAUACUCCCUGAGUGAGAACUUUACAUCCUACUUUUAUGUUUAUUUUAAUUAUAUAAUUUCAAGGCCCUAUAUUGUUCUUUAAAGAAGAAUUAAGCAACUCGAAGAAACAUAGAUGGUUGCUGCUAAUUCAAUAUUAGAGUUUAUUGCAUCUUCAUCAGUGAUCAUAAUAAGUUCUAACUUUAAUACAUGUUUCAUACUGUCCUUUUAUUCUGUCCACAUAUUAUGGUGUCUGUUCCACAAUAUAGGGACCCAAAACGUCUAAAUCUGGCCCUGAAUGCUGACAAACAUGUUGAGAUUAAUCAUUGCAUUGGCACUGCAAUAUUGCACCAAAUUAUAAUUAAUUUUUCAAGUAAAGAAUUACAUUUACUUAUAGAAUCUGUAAAAUAUGAUUUUUUUAACAUUUUAUGUCAGGUGAAAAUUACCUAUACUAUAUUGCAGUAAUUCUUUAAUUUAAAACAAAUUUGGUAUGCGAAUGUAUUUUUAAUGUAAUAUAAUGUAACACAUUUCAAUAAUGUGUAAAAUUAAUUAUUUGUGUGUUAAUUUCUCGAUCACAUCCAUUAAACAAGAAUUUUUCCCUGUAGACCUUAAAACAUGAAACAUUUUUGUCAUAAUUUUGGUAUAUUAAAGCAAUAUUAUUACAACAAAGGUAAAUUCUAAAUUUUUACACAAAAGUUAGAUUAAAUUAUUUCAAAUGAAUGAUGUCUACAACCACAUAGAAGUCCAAGAUUUUGCUUUUGUUAAAAAAAAUUGAUGUCUCGCCCAGUAUGUAUAUAUAUCUGUAUGAAUGUGUGAUAAGUGAAUGAAUAAAUGUGCAUGCGUAAGGUUUAUAUGUAUAAAAACUGUAGCAUUUCCCUGCCAUUUUUAGUUUAACUUGUCUAUAAUCUCCUCACCAUGUAUCAGCGAACAUUAUAAACACAAUAAUAAAAAAGUCACUUCUGUAUUGAUAAACAUGGUAACUAGAACAUACUCAGAAUUCAAGUCUGUAUUAUAAAGUGUGGUGUUUGUAUGAUGAUAGGACUGACUGGAAAAUGGUUGCUUAGUUAUGGGACUGUUGUUAUGAAUCAGUGAUGGCACUCUGACUAAAGGAAGAAAAUAACUUUGAUGUGUUUACAUUAUUCAUGUAAAUAACAUAUUGUUAUAUAUUUCUUCAUCAAAUAAAAGCUACUUAAAAAACAUUAAUGGUACAGAAGGGCCAAUAAAAAAUCACUCCUCUAAUGUCAGUGAAGACCGUAUUCCAUUGGAUAAAACAGCACAAUUUUCUUUACUGAUAGUUUAUUACAGCAUUGUAGGUGGUAAUUGUAAGUAGUGUCCAAAGUUUAUUACAUAUUUGAAAUAAUUUGGUAUGUUAUCCCUCAAAUUUGAGGCAGAAAUUGCUGUGGUAUCUUAAAUGCUUGUUGUGUUCUUCUCUGUAAUGCCUGGCAUAAAAUGUGUUAAAUAAUC